AUGACCGUCAAUAUCGGACGUAUGAGCUCAGAGACUAGAGAGGCAAGAAAGAGAAUGAUUGCAGCAGAAGAGAUUAAUGAGCUGUCAUUAGAAGAUAUGGUGCAGAAAGUGUAUAUUGAUGAAGAAGCUUGUUAUAUUGUCAAGUCUUUUACGACGGAAGUUGCUUUCAAUGAAAUACACAUGCCUGUAAGCAUAUGUAUUUGGUUUAUCGCUUCGAUAAAAGCUGUGUGGUUUACAGCCAAGGUAAAUUGUCACGAUAGUAAUAAGAGAAAUGCUACAGUGUUCUUACGACAUUACCUAGAAAUUGAUUCUAGCUUGAGAGUUCAUACCAUGGAUGAGACAAUACUUAUCCAGAAUACUGUGGAGAGUAAUGUUAUCGAAGCAGUUACUGGAAGCUCUGAUAUGCUUCAAUCAGAAGUACCGUCUGAAGCUGGAAGUAGAACGGAUGAGUUGUUGACAAGCAUCACAAGUGUAUGCAGACAAGCUUUAGAAAGUCGUGUACAUUUAACUUUUGAAAAUAACAACAGAUUGUUACAAAUAUAUAAUGAAUUAAGACAGUUGUUUUCAGUUAAUGAAGAAAUGCAGCUUCCACCAAACAUAAAUAUGCAAACGCAAAGAAAAUGA